AUGGCUAAACCAAGUAAAGGAAUCAAAAAGAAAUCAUCCAAAACCUCAUCCAAAAUACUAAAGAAGAACUCAAAAUCUACAUCUUCAAAAGUUGAUAAACUGGAUUCUAAAAUUGAUGUAUCUGAAAUCACUUUACUACAAUUAAACCAAUCAAAUGACGAAAAGAAAAAGUCAAUCUUGGAUCAUAAAAGCUUAAAGAAGGACCACGAUAAAGAUGUCGAGACUAAAGAGAAUGAGAAAAAGAAUGAAGGAGAUUUGAUGAAACAUUUAAAAAACCGUUUGAUAUCAACUUUGAAACAAAAUACUUCUUCAAACUCAAUAUCCAAGAUGUCAGAUAGUGAGAAACUCAAAUCUGUCAAUAUAGAUGCUGAUUCAGCUUCAGUGCAAACAGGCUCACAAAUGAAUGUUGAUGACUUGAAACUUGCUGAACAUGGUUAUAAACCUGAAUUACGUCGUAACUUUUCCAUCUGGUCCUUAUUGGGUGUUGGAUUUGGUUUGACAAACUCGUGGUUUGGAAUUUCAGCUUCAUUAGUUGCUGGUAUUUCAUCUGGUGGUCCAUUGUUGAUCGUAUAUGGUAUCAUUGUUGUUGCUUGCAUGUCAUCAUGUAUUGGUAUUUCGUUAAGUGAAUUGACUUCAGCUUUUCCUGAAAACUCAGGUGGUCAAUACUAUUGGACUUUCCAACUAGCUCCAAAGCAAUACAAGAGAUUCUGGGCUUACAUGUGCGGUUCCUAUGCUUGGUUUGGUGCAAUUUUCACUUCUGCGUCAACUACUUUAUCUGUCGCUUCUGCUAUUGUUGGAAUGUACGUUUUGGGAACUGGUGAUCCAAAUAGAGAGGUCCAAAGAUGGGAAGUGUUUGUUUGUUUUGAAAUUAUGAAUGCGUUCUUGAUUAUUUUCAACGUUUGGGAUAAGCCAUUACCUUAUAUUUCAUCUGUUGCUUUAUGGACUUCAAUUUCUUCAUUUGUUGUCAUUACCAUCACCGUUUUGAUUUGUUCAAGAGGUCAUUACCAAACAGCUUCGUUCGUCUUCGUGGAGUUCAACAAUGCUACAGGCUGGUCUUCUAAAGCAAUUGCUUUUAUCAUUGGUCUUCAAUCUCCAAAUUGGGCCUUCUCAUGUUUAGAUGCGAGUUGUCACAUGACUGAAGAGAUCGCUAGUCCAGAGAGAGAGAUUCCAAAAGCUAUUAUGUCAACUGUUGCCAUCGGUUUUGCAACAAGUCUGAUCUAUUCUAUAUCCAUGUUUUUCUCUAUCACAGAUUUGAGCGCUAUCUUAGCCUCAAAUACUGGUGUUCCAAUCUUGGAUAUCUUUGAUCAAGCUUUGAAGAAUAGACAUGGUGCCUUAUUUUUAGAAUCUUUGGUUAUUUUAACAGGUUUUGGUUGUACAAUUGCUGCUCAAACAUGGCAAGCUCGUUUGUGUUGGUCUUUCUCCCGUGAUCAAGGUUUACCAGGCUCAAGAUAUUGGUCUAGAGUCAAUUCCAAGACAAACCUACCCAUUAAUGCUAACUUGAUAUCAGUAGCGUGUAGUGCGUUGAUUGGAUGCAUUUAUAUGGGGUCAACAACUGCCUACAAUGCCAUGGUGACAGGUUGUAUCACAUUUUUGUUGCUUUCAUAUGCCAUUCCAAUUUGCUGCUUGUUGUAUAAAGGAAGAUCAAAUAUUAAACAUGGUCCAUUUUGGUUAGGUAAAUUUGGUUUUGCUGCUAAUAUUCUUACUCUUUGUUGGACUGUUUUUGCAAUUGUUUUUUUCUGUUUCCCAUAUACCAUUCCAGUGACAAAAGGUGAUAUGAAUUAUGCUUCUGUUGUUCUUGUUGGGUUUACUAUUUAUGCUAUUAUCUACUGGUUUGCUAGGGGUAAUAAGGUGUUUGCAAAGAAUCAUGAUAUUGAAAAAGAAGUUGAACAAGAUCUUUUGAAAUAGAGUGGUCUGUCAUUGAGUUUCAUCUACAGUUGUGUUUUUCAUAUGUAAUCAUUUAGUUAUAUACUACAUUCAUUAGAGUUAAUUUAUAGAUCGUAC